AUGUUAUUGUCCGUAUGCAAAAUAAUCUCUCUUCUUUUUUUCUCAACCUUUUCCCAAGCUUCGAAUCCUGAAAUCUUACUAGCCAGACUCACACACCAUCAAUCCAUAUACUCCCCACUCUAUGAUCCCACUCUAAGUGUGGAAGAACUUGCGGAGAUAUCCUUAAGGAGCUCAAUAUCCCGCGGACUCUAUCUGACUACCAAUUUGUUUCACUUGGAUGACAUUGAGGCCGAUCUUACUCCGGCCACCGUAAAGGACGGCUUUCUUGUCCGGAUGCGAGUCGGGUCCAAUGGGGUUGAGCAAUUUGUGUUCAUGGACACGGGGAGCAGUCUGAUCUGGAUCAAUUGUGUGCCGUGUUUUCUCAAUGUGCCGGAGCUUUUAUUUGAUCCCAAGGACUCCACGACACACCAGAUGGAAAACUGCACAACAACUGAUAUCUGUCAUGCUUCAGGUCCAGUUAUAAUAGACUUUUCCUCUGUAAAGUGCAAUAGAAAAGGUUGCGGUUACUACGUAAUGUAUGGCAGCAUGCAUUACACUAGGGGAUUCCUCCGUAGAGAAACAUUCGAAUUCGGAAAGACCAGUAACGAUUCUCUCACCAACCUCAUCUUUGGCUGCUCAAGAAAUACCGAUCUCUUUACUAACGGAGUCCUCGGGCUAGGUAACCUCCGUCUUUCUCUUAUCUCACAGUACAAUGCCAGCAGGUUCUCUUAUUGUUUUGGGAAGAUAAGCGACAGGUCGUAUCCCCAUAGCACAUUGGUCGUAGGGAGCAAGGUUGAGCUUUGGGGUAAUUUGACACCUUUGGUCCUCGAGGACAAAUACUAUGUAAACAUGGAAACAAUUAUGGUUGGCGAGAGCUUGUUUGAGCUCGACCCGCUUAUUUUCACAAGAAACAGCUCCGAGUACACUGGUGGGGUUGUUUUGGACACCGGUUCGACUCUCAGCUUUAUGCCAUCCAAUGUUGUGAUCGACCUCGAGACCGCAUAUACCAGCCUAAUUGAAAGCCUCGCUCUAACGCCGAAUACUUCCAUCACGUACCGAAAUAAGCUCACGAGGUUUUGCUACAAUGGGGUCGUCACCAGAGAUCUAACAAACGGUUUCCCGACCAUGAAACUUGUGUUCCAGGGUGGGGCGGUCAUGGAGCUGGAGGCCGAUAGCGUAUUUCAGCAGACGCAUAACGAAACCUUUUGUCUGGCCAUCUUGCCUUCCGAGCCUGCCCUGGGGGGGGCUACCAUCACCAUUCUCGGAAAUUUAAUGCAACAGACUUUCUACGUUGCAUAUGAUAUUGAAGGGAAGAACUUAUCGUUCAACAAGGGGGAUUGUAAAACGGUAGAAGAAUAUUAUGAUGUGCAUGAUGAGCUGUAA